UGAUGGCAGUAAAGAACCACACUAGAGAUUGAGAUUGUCCCUCUUUGUUUCCUGUCACAUUGAAAGUCACUUCCGUUCGGUCACGAAGUUGACGGGAUGACUGAAAUGUCGAAAUGCUAGCGAUGUUAUCGACAUUUCAGACUGUUAUUUGGCCUUGGCCAAAUCGUCGUUUAAGUCUCGCCGCCCUUUUCGCUGAGAAGAAAGUCACCUGGGCCGCUUGCCGUCUCCUUUCAGCGACGUGGCGACGCAAAGUCUCCGGCAGAGAUGUCAGCACCGCGGCUCCAUUGCAGGGAAAAGUCCGAGCUAAACAGAUGAAGAAGGAUCUUUCCGAAAAGAAGCUGACUCGCUACUUCGUAGACCACAGAUGUGUGCGGCUGGUGGCCGGUUCAGGUGGCAAAGGAGUGUGCAGCUUUCACAGCGAGCCUCGAAAAGAGUGGGGGGGACCGGACGGAGGAAAUGGGGGUGAUGGAGGAAGCAUCUCUUUCCGGGCUGAUCGAGUUGUCAAGUCUCUGGCUCAAGUAGUCCCUGUAUACAAGGCAGAAGAUGGAGAGUCAGGGGGCAGCAAGAACUGUUAUGGUCGGAAUGGCAACCCAACCUUUAUUUGUGUUCCAGUUGGCACUGUGGUAAAGGAGCAGGGCAGGACAGUAGUGGACCUCUCUGAGCAUGGCCAAGUUUAUCUGGCAGCGUUUGGAGGGGCUGGAGGUAAAGGCAACAGGUUCUUUCUCUCCAAUGAGAAUCGUGCUCCGGUGUCUGCAACUCCUGGAGAUGUGGGCCAGGAGAGAAUCCUUCAUCUGGAGCUGCGCACUAUGGCCCACGCUGGACUGGUUGGGUUUCCAAAUGCUGGCAAAUCGUCUCUUUUGAGAGCCAUCUCCAACGCCAGGCCUGCUGUAGCUGCUUACCCUUUCACAACACUCAACCCCCAUGUAGGAAUUGUCAAGUACAGGGAUCAUGAGCAAGUUGCAGUUGCUGACAUCCCAGGCAUCAUUCAAGGAGCGCAUCUUAAUCGAGGCCUGGGCAUCUCUUUCCUGCGACACAUUGAGCGUUGCCGAUUCCUCCUCUUUGUUCUGGAUUUGUCAUCUCCAGAGCCCUGGACCCAGCUCCAGCACCUGCGCUACGAACUGGACCAGUAUGACCAUGGUUUGUCACACCGGCCUCAUGCCAUUAUCGCCAACAAAAUAGACUUACCCGAAGCCCGCAAGAACUUUGAAACUUUGAAGAGCCACGUUACUCAGAGAGUUAUUCCUGUGUCCGCUGUCACCGGGCAGAACACAGAGGAACUCAUCCUUUACCUUAGGGAGCUGUAUGACGGCUACCUUCAUGGAGGUGGUAGAACAGAGGAAGGAAAACCCACAAGAUUGUAAUGCAAGUGGUACAAGGAUUGUCAGAAAUGUUCCAGUACUGGGUGUCACCAAAAAUACAGUUGAGCCUCAAUAAAACAGACUCAGACAUUGGGAUAAAAUUGACCAUCAGGCCUGAAAAUAGUUUCAAUUCCUCACUUAAAAUGCCCUUGACAUGGUCUGGUAGUUCAAAAAUCAGCCAUUGUUUACUUUUGUUGUGGCGCAAUGCGGGCAGUGAAUGGGACUGAUGUAUUUCCAGGUCACAGAGAUACGCUAUGACGAGAUCCAUUUCAAAAGCUGUACCUCCUGUGCCUUUUUGGUGGCCUUGUUGAUUGGAGAGCAUUGACAUUCCAGCUCUGUGAUUGUUGUAUCUAUUGUCUCGUGUACAUUGAGCGCGGCAGAGAGAGCGCAAAAUAGCGGCGUGGCUCUGGUGAUUUUGUGUCUCGAACAUGUUACUCCUGGUACAGUAAAAAAAAAUUUUCUGUCAAACCGUUCGCCUUGGGCAACUGAUUUGGAACUAGGACGUACACUAAUUCCUCUGGACUCAUGAAAGCGACUCCCCUUCAAUGACAACUGCAUGCUAACAAUGUCGUUAUAAGCAAGCACACCGGGGUGGUAAGUUUGGAUUAAAUUUGAAACUUUUCGAACAUUUUCAAACUUUUAAAAUAUUUGUCUCCAAUAACUUCAUACUAUACGGAGCACUUUAGGUCACAAAGAAAAUCUAUAACCGAUUUUAUAUUGUAAAGUCAUAUAGGUGCAUUUGACCUCCAAAAUGGUACGCACCAGGGGCCAUAUCUGGCAAACCGUCACUCCAGUUAGCAAAGCAAAACAAACUUAUUUCUAUAGCGGAUUUCAUACACAAGGUUACCCAAUGUGCUUUACAUGAUUAAAUGUGUUAAAUUUAAACAAACAUUUGAAAUUAAAAUCCAAAACAAACAGGGUGUACAGUCCAAGUAAUAAAAUUGAAAGGUGGAAAUAACGCAUGAGAAAAACAGUUUAAACCUGAAUUUGAAAUCAUUCACACUUGGGCAUGAGGUGGAAAUGUAUUUUUUGUGAGACUAGUCCUGGAGGUUUUAUGACAUAUCCUUAAUGGUCAUCUGUUUUUAGAUAAUGAUUAAAUGUGUACAGUUGAUUUUUUUUUUUUCUUUUCCCUGAAUUUUUGCAAUUUAGGACCAUUUAUCACUCAUUUUAUAUUUUCUGUAGAUUUACAAAACAGAUAAAUUUCUCACAAAGGCAAGUAAACUAAAAAUGCUACUCACUGAGUUGCAAAUACAAUAAUCUGUGUUCAUGAAUUACUUUAAAAGAUUAUCUGCAAGUGUGAGAGGAGAGAUGCCGCUGGGUUGUCAUAAGUGAGUAAUCAUUUCACAUUUCCAUCAACAGUUGGUGCUGCGGCAGAAAAACAUCUAUUAAUAUUCCCGGUGUAAACAUUUAGGGCAACAUCACUCUUGGUUAUUAAACCUUGUCUGUACUUUUCAGACGUAGACUGGAAGGAAAUGGGGAAGUCCUGUCAGAAUCCUGUAAUGAAUUAAUGACACUACAUGACCACUUGGUGGCAGUUGAGGAUAAAUUGUGUUUCUAAAGAACUGCCAAGAGUAGUUUUUACAAAGUAAAGAUUGUGCAUGAAUACAAUCAUGCAACUGGACAAGGAGACUGUUUUUACAAACAUUUGUGAGUGAAUUUUGUCACUUUCAGCUAAGUGAAUUCCACCAGGGUGAAAUUGCGAUAGAAUGGCAACUGAGAGAUGGCACGGAAGGGCAACUGGCGUGGGCCUAACAAUUCUGUUGCGACUCGGCCUGUGUGGAGUUUGCAUGUUCUCCUUGUGCCUGCAUGGGUUUUCUCCGGGCGCUCCGGUUUCCUCCCACAUCCCAAAAACAUGCAACAUUAAUUGGACACUUUAAAUUACCCUUAGGUGUGAUUGCGAGUGCGACUGUUUGUCUCUGUGUCCUGCGACUGGCUGGCGAUCAGUUCAGGGUGUACCCCAACUCCUGCCCGUUGACAGCUGGGAUAGGCUCCAGCACUCCCCGCGACCCUUGUGAGGAUAUGCGGCAAAGAAAAUGGAUGGAUGGAUAGCUGCAAGUAUUUACA